GUAGUUUAAUUGGUAAUUGGUUCUUUCCUUGUGUCUUUAACAUGAAGCUUUUUGUUUGCCAUUUUUACAGUCACUAUACAGUAAACAAACUGCUAAAGCAGCACAUAAAAGAAAUCCAAAUCUUCUAUCGGGCUUCCUCUUUUAACACCAGCUAUGGGUUCAACUCAUGAGUACAUAUCAUCACAGUGCAGAUGCAACCGAAGAGGCAUGAACUGAAGCCUAUAAUAAGUAACAUGUCAAAAGGAGGAAGAGAGAACGUUUUGAAAUAACAUGUAAGGGUGUGUGUGUUAAAAAGAGAGAGAGAAGUGACACAGGAAGUCAAUGAGGUUGUGGUAAACAGCCUGUACAUACCCAGUUGUGUCGACUGAAUUUGAUCACAGCAUGAUGUUUUGUGUUAUAAUGAAAAGAAACUUUUGAAACCCCCAGAGAAAGCACCAAGCAUCUCGAAAUCCUUUGUGGACAGCAAAUAAGCAGACAAAAAACAUGGGAAACAGUGGGGAGGAAGGAAAACUGCAUCGCAGACUUUCACGAAUAGGAAGCAGAUCGCAGAGGGAGCCGCCACGACCCCCUCCUCAAACAGACAAGCCCCCAGCGGUGGUUCCACCAAGACCACCUGAGACCACUCCAAAACCCCCAGAACCUGCACCAAAACCAGUUGUAAUCCCCUCAAAACCAGUGUCUCAGAAGCCCAGUGCCCCUCCGAGGCCACAAAUACAAGUGUUCAACAGCACGGAGCAUGGCACUGCCAUACUCAAGGGGUUGGAUCAUUUUCGUGGUGAUGAGACACUUUGCGAUGUGACUCUGGUACCUGGUGACAGCAGUGAAACUUUCCCAGUUCACAGGGUCAUCAUGGCUUCAGCCAGUGACUACUUCAAAGCCAUGUUCACGGGAGGCAUGAGAGAGCAGGAGCUGAAGGAGAUUAAGCUCCAUGGCGUGAGCACGACCGGCCUGAAGAACAUCAUCGAGUUCAUCUACACAUCUCAUCUGAGCCUGAGUCUCGGCACCCUUCAGGACACACUAGAGGCGGCGAGCUUCCUCCAGGUGCUUCCUGUCCUCAGCUUCUGCAACCAGCUUCUUAGCAGUGAGAUCACUAUCGAAAACUGCGUGGAAGUGGAGCGCAUUGCCAGAGAUCUUCUUCUGGAAGACGUUCAAAGGCACGUCCACAUGUUUGUGUGCGAGAACUUCUCCGCGUUGAUGGAGAGCGGCCGCCUCCUGCAGUUGUCCGAGGCGAGCAUGACGUACGCCCUCUCCAGCGACUCUCUGAGGGGGUUCUCUGAGAUGGAGCUGUACCGCAUCGCCCGUUCCUGGCUGUCCCAUAAACAAAGCGAGCGUCGUCCUGCUGCUUACUCCCUGAUGCGCCACAUCCGCUUCCCUCUGAUGUCCCCAGCUGAGCUCCUCCAGAUCUCUCAGGAGGACCAGAUGGAAGAAGGAGCCGCAAGCGUGGCAAAGGAGGAAGUGGUGCCGUUCAUGCGAUCGGACACGGCCUGCGUCAACCUCCUCCUGGAAGCCAGCAACUAUCAGAUGCUUCCCUUCCUCCAGCCGGCGCUGCAGACGGAACGCACCCGGAUUCGAUCCGACUACACUCACCUGGUGGUUCUGGGUGGUGUAAUGAGGCAGCAACUCGUUGUCAGCAAAGAGCUCAAGCUGUACGAUGAGGAAGACGGAGGCACCUGGAGGGCCCUCCAACCUAUGGAGGUCCCACGUUACCAGCACGGAGUGGCUCUUCUAGGGGGUUUUCUUUACAUUGUUGGAGGUCAAAGCACUUAUGACACCAAGGGUAAGACAGCUGUCGACAGCGCAUACAGAUACGAUCCUCGCUUUGACCGCUGGUUGCAGGUGGCCUCUCUGAAUGAGAAGAGGACGUUCUUCCAUCUGAGUGCUCUGAAGGGGAAGCUCUAUGCUGUUGGAGGGAGAAAUGCCACUGGGGAGAUUGAUUCGGUGGAGUGCUACAACUUGAACAAGAACGAGUGGACUUUUGUUGCACCGAUGCAUGAACCUCAUUAUGGACACGCUGGCACGGUACAUGGAGGUCUGAUGUAUGUGUCAGGUGGGAUCACAAGAGAUGCUUUCCAGAAAGAGCUGCUGUGCUAUGAGCCCGACAGAAACUUGUGGAGCAGACGAGCAGACAUGAUGGAGCUUCGUGGUCUGCACUGCAUGUGCACCGUGGGCGACCGUCUCUACGUCAUGGGUGGAAACCACUUCCGGGGGACUAAUGACUACGAUGAUGUGCUAAGCUGUGAGUUCUACAGCCCUGCUUCUGACCAGUGGACAGUGGUGGCUCCGAUGCCCAGGGGUCAGAGUGAUGUUGGGGUGGCUGUCUUUAAGGAGCGUAUCUACGUGGUGGGUGGUUACUCCUGGAACAGCAGGUGUAUGGUGGACAUCGUGCAGUGUUAUGACCCUGAGAAGGAUGAGUGGGAGAAGGUAUUCAAUGUCCUCGAGCCUCUCGGAGGAAUACGGGCCUGCACUAUGACAGUUCAUUGUCCAAAAGGUACAACAGAGGAGGCUGAAAUACAAGAGUGUCCUCUCUCAACAUCCAAAGGCUGAACAGAUGUUUUGAUAUCACUAUUGGGCUUUACAAGUGAGAUACUGAAAUUAGCAUCACAUUGCUAGUAAUAUCUUUUUCAAAAACAGAUUAAAUGGUUUGAUUGAUUAUUAAGGGAAAAUAAUUUGCUUGUAAAAAAGCUGUUAGUGUACCAUACUGUGUGCUUGACGGUGCUUAAAUGCUGCUCUCUUUCAGUGACUGAUGACACAUAUGACGGCCACAGUGCUUAAUGUUGCAUCUCUGAAUUAGUUUUAUUUUUGCUUCAAAUACUUUUAAAUGCUUUGCAGAAUUAAACUUUUUUUCAAUCAA